GCGAUGGAGUGAGGUUUCUACAGACAGUCAACAUGAACGUAGGCUCAGCGACUCUGCUGGUCCUGGGACUACUAUCAGCGGUGUCUCUAGGGGACGGUAUCAGAUGCUACGUGUGUAACUCCAAGCAGGACGCUCGGUGUUUGGACCCCUUCGUCGGCAACUCUACCUCCUCCGCGCCCAUGGACACGGUAGACUGCGAGUACGACAACACGGUGAGGGCAGCGCUGGAGACGGUGGCCAACCUGAUGACGAAGCUGGGGCAGGCUCCAGCCAGGGACCCGACCGACGUGCUGGCUCAGGCACCCUCCGUGGAGGCACCGCAGGAUGGGCCGAUACCCGCGUCCUGUCAGAAGAUAGACCUCAUUGUUCUAGGAGAGCGAGUGACCGGGAGAGGAUGUUCGGUCCAUCAGCUGGAGAGUUUCAACCCUUGUGACGCCGUCAAGCUGGUCACCACAGCUGACGUCACUCUGGAGUUCUGCGGAGUUUGUGACUACGACGGGUGCAACGGCCGUCCUCUCCUAGCCUCAGGGGCGCUCCUCCCAGCAGCCGCGGUGGGACUGUACUGGAGUCUGGUCUGAGACGACCCCGCGGUCAAGGACGCUGCAAUGAUGCUUCUAUGCAUCUUUAACAUUGCUAAAGGAUGCCUCAAACAAUGUUAAAGAGGCUGUGUUCUUCUGUAUUAUAGUUCUAAGAUGUACGAAUAUCAAAGAAGCAUCUUAAAAAUUGGCAUAUGAUGGCUGACAUUUUCAAAUUUAGAAUAUAGAUUCAAAAUCGUUAAGUAUUUUUAAUGAAUGGGUUUUCGAAGUAAGUUUUUAAUCUGUCGCCUUAAACAUGUUAUUAGAUGUUCCUACCUAAC